ACUUGUCACUGGUGGUCGGUGUUCCCGUGUAUCAACAUGGGGGGAGGAGAUUUCGUCUCCAAGUGUGAUCAUCGAAGCCGCGUGUAUAUAUAAGUGAAUCAAACGGGGAUCAAGGUGUUAUACACCGGGAAAGUGUCGUGUCCUGUGGUUUUAAGAAAUCCGUGUGGUGCUACGAGACGCGCUUUCCUCUCCUGCCUGUAUCCUUCGCGGUCACUCUCGCUCCUUUCAUCUUGCAUUCCCUUCGAUCGUCCUGUCCCUUUCUUCGGUCGCCGAUCCACUCUCUUUCUCCUCGCCCGCUUCUCUUUCUCCGUUUCUUUUUCUCUGUCUCGCUCUCUCUUUCUUUGCCCCGUUCCUCGGUCGACCGGUCUCUCAAAGGGGGCGUGCUUGGCCACAUUCAACAAUGAACGAACGCAAAACUAUCUAAGCACGAGGCGCGAACGAAUGGUGGUUCUCUAUGUUUUCUGCCUGUGUGUGGGCCCGUUCCCCAAAGUGUUUACACCGUGAAUAUAUACGCUUGCUCGACCUUCCCCCCCCCCCCACCGAUUUCGAAUGGAUUCAUAACGGCCAGCGAAUUAACCAGAGAGGAUCGUGUCUUUAAAGUACACCCGCUGCUUCGUGAAAACUGGUGGGAACGAUGAGAAAGAAGCGUAUCGUCGAUUAGCCAAAGAACGAUGCGUCAUGGCCUCGUCUUUAGGGGGACCAGGAAUGGCGUCAGGUGUUCCGACCCCGCGAAGAAUCAACCUGGAGUUUCCACCGCCUCCGCCGUAUCCACCGCCUCACAGUCAGAUGCCUUGCACGGGGUUGGUGGACCCUGCGUCGGUCCCGUCGGCCAUGAGCAGCCCUUCUCACCAGCAUCCCCUUCAGGAUUACUCGUACGCUUACUACGAGCCGGGGCCAAGCCGACUGCACGGCACGUAUCCGCCGGAAGUGGGCCUGAGCCGUGUGCAGCCGUCGCCGCAGCAGCAACCGCUGCGCCCGGAACCGUUCAAGAGGCACACGUACAUGACCCGAUACGGAACCGAGGAGAACAUUUACGAGGAGAUCUCGGAGAUCAACAGACAAUGUCACCGAGCGUUGCACGGCUCGAGGAGGUCCCUGGUGGCGGAGGAGGUACGACGUGUCCAGUCACGUCACCGUCGGGUGCUCGGGGAAUUGAACCUGAGCGUGGAGGCGAUGCUGAUGCCGACCGUGGCCGAUAACAACGACGAGGACGAGAUGCACGACCAACACGGGGCCUCCACUGAGGAGCUUUUAUCUUCGGUCAGUCCCACCGACGAGCUCCUUUCGCCUGUUGGCUGUGACAUGGACAGUGGCUUCAGUGGAAGCUCCAGUGCAAGUUACAGGUCGGGUCUGGGGUCCUUGAGGCGAGGAAUCUGCAAAACCAGUACCCCUGAAUUGGCAGGCGGCGGCGGUCAGCGUAAAACGAAGGCCGCCAUGAUCUGGAAGAAGGGCUGGAAAGGCUGGAAAAAACUGCAUUCUUUCGGCGGCAAUAGUAACAAGACUGAUGAACCACGUUCAAGGUGCAGAUCAUGGGAUGACGUAGGACCGACGACGAAAAUGGAAACUGUCGGGCAAACGCACAGACAGCACCACCCGUCCCUGGAGGCGACUAGGUCCAACACUUCGACACAGUCCGCUCGUAGCGAGGACUCGUGGUGCUCCGCGUCCGAUCAUGACCUCUCUUCGGACGACGAGAGCGAGAAGAGUAAUAUCAGUAUUAAAAGUAACUGUCAGUUAAGGAACACGUUGCACAAGGCGAGGACGCUUUGCGACAAGUGGAGGUCGCAGAACAUGCGAGUGAACAAUGCUGACCCAUUGGACUCGCCUGGAAACCACGGAAGACUAUCAAGAUGGUUCAGCAUACGACGCGGCUCGACGCAACAAUACGACGUGGACUCGUCGGACACGGUGUCUCUCACGAGCCCGAUCAAGACACCUCAGAUGCCGCAGCUUUGCGAAGUCGAAGAGGAGAAUAGCGCGAUGGUGCAGUUCCAGUGCAUGCAGCAACGUCGGCAAACGCCGCCGGCUCUUCCGCCGACACCUCCGAAUUUAACUCCGCAACAGUUGAAACGUCGACACAUAGUGGCCGCUAUAGUACACUCGGAGAACAGUUAUGUGUCGACGUUGCAGAGGCUAGUGAACGAUUACAAGAAACCUUUGGAGGAAUCCUCGCCGCCUAUAUUGAGCCAAGCGAAAAUAGCGACGUUGUUUCAUAGAUUGCCGGAGAUUCUGCAAUGCCAUACGUUGUUCAGAAUCGCGCUCGCGGAAUGCGUUCGUUCCUGGGACAAAGACGAGAAGCUCGGCGACGUGUUCGUCGCCAGUUUCAGCAAAGCGAUCGUCCUCGACAUUUACAGCGGCUUUAUAAACAAUUUCUCGGUGGCCAUGGAUCUGGCCAAACAGGAAUCGAAAAGAAAGACCGCGCUUGCUGACUUUUUCAAGGUUAAACAAAUUAGUGCACACGAUAGAUUGUCAUUUUUUGGACUAAUGGUUAAACCGGUGCAGAGGUUUCCACAGUUUAUAUUAUUCCUACAAGACCUGUUGAAACACACGCCGCAAGGACACCACGACAGAAUGUCGUUGCAGUUAGCGUUAACCCAAUUGGAGAGUUUAGCAGAAAUGUUGAACGAGAGGAAACGCGAAGCUGAACAGUUCCAAGCGUUCAAAGAAAUGCUGCGACACGUCUCCGGAAAAUUAUCUCAUCGACCACUUUCGUCCUCGUCCAGGUAUCUCAUUAGGGAAGACAACGUCACGCAGUUGGAAUUCAAUCAAAACGGCAUGAUCACGAAAUCGAAAAGACGAAGGUUGUUACUCUUGAAUGAUCUCGUAGUGUGCGUGUCGGUGACGCCAAGGUCCGCAGAGGACUUCAGCGGAAGCGAACGACUUACUUUAAAAUGGACGUAUCCUGUAUCAGAUAUUGAGAUUCAGGACACGAGUACUUCACCAACGUUAAGUCGUUUGUUGACUGCUGGCCUGAGUAAAGGCGGCAGUCUGAAGUCCGAAAAGAGUGGGGAAGGCGGACAGGCGGGCGCAGACAAUCUCUGUGUUGAAAUGAACGAUCUUAUGCACGAUUAUGAGGUGAUGUCUAGGAUAAGCGAUUUAGUUGCACAACUAAAGGGUAAAUACGAGGGAAUGACGUUAGAAAAAACCAAACAAAUUCUUCAGUCCAUACAACUGUCGAUACAACAAAAGGACGAGGACAUGGUUUGGGCGGACAGCUGUUGCUUACAGUUGGUAACGAAGCAAGGACAGAUGUACACGUUCCAAACUGAAAAUCCUUUAGUGAAAAAAGACUGGAUAACCGAGCUUAGGCUAGCACAAUUGGCUUUAGAUCCAAAUAAUUCGCCUUCUUGGGAAGUACCUGAACAAGAACAAAGACCAUCCACCAAGAUGCCAUUAUUCGUCAGUUCGCAGCAGGUGUACCAUUCGCAACAUCAGACAGAAGUACGUUGCGGAUGUUAUUACACCACCCAAAAUCCACGACCUACUAGACGUCGUGGCAGAAGUCAAAGUUACUUAUGGAUCUGUACCGGAGACGGUAUAUCCAGUCAUGUGACUGUAUUCGGUCAGUCAACGACAGCUUCCGCGACAUCCUUAAAACAGAUUACAUCUUUCGACUUAGUAGAAACUAGAGUGGGUGCUAUAGAAUUCGUAAAGGGCGUCUCCACGGAACCAUUAUCCCUGGCGAACGACCUUGUAUGGAUGGGCACGGAUUCUCGCAAGAUCAUCAUCUACGCUGCUUCUGAACCAGAGAAGCAAGAAGAACUCGGCCACUAUUCCGUGUCAGGUCCAGUGAUACAAAUCAAGUACCACUGCGAUAACGUUUUCGUCGCGCUAGGGAUUGGUCUACUUCUCCUGUUCAGAAGACAAAUCGAUGGUACCUGGAAUCUCAGGGAUCCGUACGUGAUAUCCUUGGGUAGUGAACCUGUCUCCUGUUUAAUGCCAAUCAACGCGUCCGUUUACGCCGCCUGUGGAAAGAAGGUAUGGGUACUUAACGGGGUCACCGGUGAUGUCACGAAAAGCUUCAGUGCUCAGCACGAACAUGUCGGUAGCGUAAAGCUAAUGGCCCAUUCUGGAGUGGGCCUUUGGGUCGCUUUGAAGAACUCGAGCACCGUGUGCUUAUACCACACCGAAACAUUCAAACACCUACAGGACAUCAAUAUAGCAUCCAACGUUCUGAGGGUGACCAGGUCCAAUAACGCGGCCAAUUCUUGCGGCGAUAAUCUGAACAACAAUCAGACCGCAGUUACAGUCACAGCGCUGUUGGCGUGCAAAGGACUCCUCUGGGUUGGUACCAAUGUUGGCAUCAGCCUGACGAUUCCUCUGCCACGUCUGGAGGGUGUACCCAUUAUCAGUGGCCGUGUUAACAUAUCUUAUCACGCGCACUUUGGCCCAAUCACAUUCUUACUGGCCAUUCAGAAUCAGAAGAACACGAUGAACUCCGCAACCGAUGAAAUCACCGACGAGGAGACCGUACAGUUGAGGAAUAAGGAAACUGAGAAUCGGAGUAGUAGGGAUAGAGCAAGCUUAGAUUCUUCUAUGUCGAACAGCAUCGUAAAGCUGAAGCAACAAUUGGCGAGCAGCCCGAUAAUGCUCAGACGGAAACGGAGCAAGGAAUAUGAGUACAGGGGCUCGAAGACACUUCCAAGGGGACUCGGUGCCGGUGGUGGAUUCCUCUCCAGUUCGAUGUCCGGCUCGCAAAGCUCCGGCGAGAACUGCGACGUUUACGGUCUAUACGGGGAACUGAUGUACGUGAAGGAUUACGAGAACGAGAACAGUUCUGGCAUCGAUCCAAUUUACGAGUCCUUGAGGAGGAGCGAUCCAGAGCUGGCAGCCAUACCAAAUAAAGUUAGUACAUUAGACCGUAGACUGAAGAUGAAGAUCACCAGGCCUAGGUCCUUGGAUCUGUCCAAUUGGUCCGUCGACUCACACGCUAGCUCUCUCUACACGUCUUCCGGCUCGGAGGAGAACAUUUCCCUGAAAACUGGGAAAUUGUCUCGCAACAGUAGCUCGGCUAGUCGAAACGGACCGUAUGACACAACUACUCCGAACAGUAGUAUAGGCCAAUCGGUGACGGAGACACUACCACCGUCUAAUAAUCUGAAACCUAACGGAAAGAAAAUAAAUAAAACUCUGCAACAAAUAGAACAGCCUAAACGGACAGUUCUGACGUUGAUGGGCGGCAGAGGUUACAUUAACUGGAGGCAAUUGAACGCUCAGUGCGUUGCCGACAAGAGCUCGAAAUCGGGUUACACGUUCAAGGAUCCGAACAGCAACGAUGCUCACAUCGUGCUGUGGGAGAUGAAAUUAUGAUACUCAGUUAUGCUAGGCCUACCGUUACGCCUACGUCAGUAUGGGUAGACAUGCUACUUUAAAGCCGAGAUACACGGGUAUGACGUGUUCUCGGGCGAUUAG